GAUUUAGCGACACCGGAGGCCUUCUCGAGAAACCCCUCUCGAGUAUGGGAGUUUUACCACUACCGCCGGGAGGUGAUGCUGACCAAGGAGCCCAACCCGGCCCACCUGGCCAUCGCCGAGUGCGAGGCGCGGCUCAGCAAGCAGGGCCGCUCCGUCAUCGUCAUCACGCAGAACAUCGAUGAGCUGCACAAGCGGGCCGGCUCCAGGCACGUCUUGGAAAUCCACGGUAAUUGCGCCUCCUUUCUUUCAGAAGCGCCGGGCGUUUUGGCGGCGGGUCUGUCUCCGGGAUUCGCCUGCCGGCCGAAGGAGCCACCGAGUAUCCAUCCUGCGCAGCCCAGGCAAGCGUCAAAGGCGCUAGGCCAAAGGGCCCUGCCCCUCGCCACUGGGCAGUGAUGUCACAGUGCAAUGACCUGUGCCCCCCGAUACAUGCUAGUGUCUCAUCA